AUGAGCGACCAACCUACUGCUCUUAUCAUCGGCGCAUCUCGCGGCAUCGGUCGCCAAGUCGCCAUUGAUCUAGCCAAGAAUGGCUAUGCUGUAAUGCUGGCCGCAAAAACCACCUCAGAUGCAUACAAGACCAAUCCAUUCCCACCGGAUCCUAAUUCCUCGCAGUCAACCAUUAACACGGUAGCGCGGGAGAUCCACGAAGCCGGCGGACGCGCCGCCUGCGUCGCCGUGGAUGUGCGCGACGCGGCGCAGAUCCAGCACGCAGUCGACGAAACGGUGCGGACUUUCGGGAAACUGGAUGUUCUGGUUUACAACUCCGGGGCGAUCUGGUGGUCGUCUGUAGAGAAUACGCCACUCAAGCGAUUUAAACUGAUGCAGCAAGUUAAUCCCGAGGGAUUGUAUGCGACUAUUCAGGCGGCUUUACCGCAGUUUCAGAAGAAUGGGUGGAAGGGAAGGAUUGUGGUUGUCUCGCCACCGAUUUAUUCACGGUUCUUCCGGGGAAAGACGGCGUAUGCAAUGGGCAAGGUUGGAAUGAGUGUUCUAGUCAAGGGUCUCGCUAUGGAUUUUGUGCGUCAGGGUCACAGUGAGAUGGCUGCGACGAGUAUCUGGCCUGCAUCGUCGAUUGAGUCGGCCGCAACAGAACAUAACAGAGCCUCGGAUCCUUCUCACAAGAAGGAUCUAAGAAAGCCGACGAUUUUCUCCGACGCUAUCCUGGGCAUGCUCCGUGCACCUCCAGCCAAGGUGAAUGGUCUGCUAGACACAGACGAGGACUUUCUUCGAGAGAAUUGUGGCGUGACUGAUUUCUCAAAAUAUUCGGUGGUGCCCGGGUCGACGCCUCGUCGUAUCAUGCCGGAGAAGUUCCCGGUCUUGGAGGUUGCAGAACAAGACGAUGAAGGACAGCGCAUGGAUAGUACGAAGUUGAGAGCGAAGAUGUAA